GGCUGUCCAUGACGGAGGAGAAGGACGCUCCCAAACCCACCAAAGAACCCAAGCGGCCUCGCGUGGAACCUCCGCGAGAAGAGGAGACGCCUCGUGAUGUAACCACAGUUACCGUAGAAGUGGAAUCUGAAGAUGUUGGAGAGGAGACAGAGGAGAAAGCUGAACCGCCCAAAGACAGGAAGGCUUCCCUUGUCAGAACGGAUUCGUAUGAGACGGCGGUGAGAGGUCUUCCUGACUUGGUAGUGGAGGCUGCGAGUGUGGAGAGUUUGGCGACAAAGCUCAGCAAGGAACCGUCUGUGGCACCACCUUCUCCUGCACAGUCUCACGAAGCUCCGCCAUCUUACCACGAAUGUGUCCAAGAAAUUCCCACGGGCUCUAAAAGUGCUGAUCUGGAAGAAAGGCCACCUAAAGAACCAUCAAGGGUAUCAACUUCUGCUGAAGAACCUGAAACAAAGGCCCCGCCCAAGACAAGUUCGUCCAAAGAAUCUCUGAAGAGCUCAGGAAGUGCCAAGGCUGCUCUGGCGAAAGUGUUAGCUCGGAAGGACUCUGGAAGGGAAAGUGACUCAGACGCAGACUCCAAAGUCCGCCCGUCUCCGAGUCAGGUUGCCCUCCUGAGGGGUGACAUCAGUAGAGAGAACUCCAACAAAGAACUGAAGAGCAUCCUUAAGAACUCUUCGGUCCUGAAGAAUCGUGAAGGCUCACAGAAGUCGCUGGACGGGGCUGACUCAGUGGCGGCAGGAGACACGGGAGACAAAGAUGCUACAGGCCCACAGAAAAAAGCAACAUUUAUAAUAGGAGGAGACAUGGAGGAAGAUGAGGAGACUGCCACAGUGUUUGACCUAGUGAAGACUGCAGAUGCAGAGGCUCAGGCUUCAGAAGCUCAGGACAGAAUCAAUGAGAUCCCACACUUCCGGGAAGCAUCCUACAACAAGGACUCAUUCAAGAAGAAAAGCCACAGACAUCAUCAUGGACAUCACCAUGGACACCACCACGGUCAUCAUCAUCAUCACCACAAGAAGGUGCCCACCCCGAUGGACAGACUGCGUAUCGGCAGUAUGACUAAGAUGGACGCUGAGAUCUACCACAAGAUGCCGACGGAACACGAGGAGGCUCAGCAACUUCUCACACCAGAUCUUAACGAGAUGAUCAGUCACCGUCUAGAAGACGUUCCGGGUCGUCGGAGACACAGGAUUAAGAAGCCCAAUGUCAGCUCCAUGGUCUACAUCGGGAAACAGAGCAAACCUCAGAAGAAGAUCUCUGUGGAGGCCAAGAAGACCUGGGACAAGAGUCCUCAUGAGGUGUUUGUAGAGCUGGACACGCUGCACGCCUCAGGUGAGGGGGAACAGCAGGAGCUCGUGUGGUGUGAGAGCGCUCGCUGGAUCAAGUUUGAGGAGGACGUGCAGCAGGGAGCAGAGCGCUGGGGAAAACCUCACGUCUCCUCACUCUCCUUCCACAGUCUGCUGGAGCUCAGGAAGGGGCUGGAACAAGGUUCAGUGCUGUUGGACCUGAAUGAAACAGAGCUGCCCAACAUUAUGCACCACGUGGUAGAGAACAUGAUUAUCACAGACCAGGUCCGACCUGAGGACAGGGGAGAUAUUAUGAGGGCUCUGCUACUCAAACACAGCCAUCUGUACCAGAAGAAGCGUCACAAGGUCAUCCCGUACAACUUCUCAUCAGGCAGCCUGCUGGGUUUCCUGGGCCACCGUGAGGACAGCAUGGCGUCAGCCAGUCAGUACUCGGCCGGCUGUCCCUCCGCUACAAGUCUGGACACCAAGGAGGCAGGGCUGAAGGUCAACCUGCCGGAUAACAACAACCAGUUCUCAGCUCCAGUGCCCAUCACCCCUCCCCCCAUCCACAAGUCCCCCACAGCCAAGUCCACCCUCAGCACCAAGAGCACACAGAUGGACAUCAAGGCCAAGGUUCCCAUCCUGAAGAAGAUCCCGGAAGAUGCGGAGGCCACCACUGUACUCGUGGGAGCCGUGGACUUCCUGGAGAAACCUACCAUGGCCUUUGUUAGGCUGGCUAGGGGAGCAGAGAUCGGCACCCUGACUGCCGUGCCCCUCCCUGUGAGGUUCCUGUUUGUGUUGCUGGGUCCCAGCAGUGGAGUCACAGACUACAACGAGAUCGGGCGCUCCAUAUCCACACUCAUGGCGAAUGAGACCUUCCAUGAGAUGGCGUACAGAGCGGACGAUCGGAGCGACCUUCUGCGGGGGAUUAACGAGGUCCUGGGGGACAGUAUCGUGCUGCCGCCCGGGGACUUCGACAGGCGACUGCUGGAGCCCAUCGCGCGGCUGCAGAGGAAGCGACUUCGUAAGAGAAGAAAAUUGCUGGAGGAGACAGAAGGACUUCCCAUCCCAGCACACUCCCAUGAACCAGAAGACGACCCCCUGAAGCGGACAGGGGAGUGUUUCGGGGGGCUGAAGAGGGACAUCCAGCGGAGGUUCCCGUACUACGUCAGCGACUUUGUGGACGGGCUGAACUUCCAGUGCCUCAUGGCCUUCUUCUUCAUCUUCUUCACCUGUGUCACGCCUGUCAUCACAUUCGGCGGCUUACUCAGUGAUAAAACACAUAACCACAUCGGGGUGUCAGAGAUGAUCAUCGCCACGGCGAUCAGCGGCGGGCUGUUCUCCCUGCUGGCAGGGCAGCCCAUCAUCAUCAUCGCAGCUACGGGACCCUUCCUGGUGUACGACCAGAGUUUGUAUGAGUUCUGUGAGAGUAACGGUAUAGAGUUCAUGACGUGGCGGCUGUGGAUCGGGCUGUGGAUCCUGGUCAUCUGUAUCAUCACCGUGGCGUUCGAGGGCGGCGUGUUCGUCCGCUACGUCACACGCUUCACUGAGGAGGUCUUCGCCUUCCUCAUCUCAUUCAUCUUCAUCUACGAAGUCUUCAAGUUUCUGUCCAAGUUAUAUACCAAGAACCCCCUGCGUUCUGACUGCUACUACAACGACUCUGUGGCUCCAGUAUACAACAGAAACGGGUCCCUCCUGGUAAACACCACGUACCCCACGCUGGACUGCUACAUCAACCCUCGCGCUAACGACACCAGGAGAAUGCCGCUGCCUGCCGGGUUCCGGUGGUGCCAGGUUCCGGUGGAUCCGACAAAGAACCAGCCCAACACGGCGCUCAUGUCCACCAUACUGUGCUUCGGGACGUUCUUCAUCGCAUAUUUUCUCAGGAAGUUCAAGAACAGCAAGUUCCUCAGUCGUGGAGCCAGGAGAGGUCUGGGAGACUUUGGUCUCCUGAUUGCCAUAGUGGUGAUGGUUUGCAUCGACUUCUUUCUCCAGGAUGUUUAUACACAGAAACUGAAGGUCCCUGCUGACGGCUUCACUCCCACCGAAUCAAAUCGCAGCUGGAUCAUCAACCCCAUGGGGAGGGACAAGACCAUCCAGGUCUGGGCCAUUUUCGCUGCCGUCAUCCCAGCUUUCCUGGUCUACAUCCUACUGUUUAUAGAGAUACAGAUCACUGAGAUGAUUAUCAACAAGAAGGAGAACAACCUGAAGAAAGGUUCUGGUUAUCACCUGGACCUGUUGUUGAUCUGCGGCACCGUCGCGAUCAGUGGGUUCUUCGGGCUCCCGUGGAUGUGUGCGGCGACAGUUCGGUCUGUGUCGCACUUCGAGAGCCUGACGGUGUACAGUAAGACCCACGCGCCCGGUGAGAAACCCAAACUGCUGUCAGUGAAGGAACAGAGACUUACCAACCUGCUGGUGCAUAUUAUGAUGGGAAUAACCAUGACCCUGCAGCCUGUACUAAGGAGAAUCCCUCUAGCUGUGCUGUUUGGAGUGUUCCUAUACCUGGGGAUCACGUCUCUCGCAGCUACACAGAUCUUUGAGAGGAUCGGCCUCAUGUUCAUGCCUCCUAAACACCAUCCUAGCAGUGUGAGAUAUGUCAGAAAGGUGAAAACGCGGAAGAUCCACAUCUUCACAGUGAUCCAGCUGGUGUUCAUCACCCUACUGUGGAUUGUGAAGUCCACCCAGGCGGCGCUGGCCUUCCCCUUCCUCCUCAUCCUCCUCAUCCCCUUCAGGAACCACAUUCUCAAGAGGUUCUACACCGAGACAGAGAUGGAGGCACUGGAUGCUGAGGAGGAGGGAGAUGAUGAUGAUGAUGAUGACGUGGAUGAGUAUGACACCGCACGUCUGCCAUUCUAAGCAGCCAAUCACAAGCCUGGAUCUGUGAGUUCCAGCCAAUCGUAUGGAAGAACACAGAGUUACUGCAUUGCACAUCUGCCAUUCUAAACAACCAAUCACAAGCCUGGAUUUUCCAGUUCCAGCUAAUCGUAUGCAAGAACACCAACAGAAUUACAGUGUACUGCAGCUCUGUGCACCUUUGGUUGUUAGGUUGGAAAUAGUCUACAUUUAUUAUAAAUAAGAGUCUGUUUGUCUUGUGAGACAGUUUGUGAUAUCUUGUUCUAUCAAUUUGAAAUUGAAUUUUGACGUCUUUGUGUUAUUUCACCUUGCUUAAGAGCGGAGAUUUUGAGAAGCCUAUUAUUGCUUUCUUGAAUCGCUUGUUAAGUUUGUGUUCUAAGAAUGCAUUUUGUACAUUAUUUCACCCCUAGCUUAUAUAUAGUUAUUUGAUGCCAUCUAUUCGAAAAAGUUGAUUAUAUUUUUAGUGUAAUUGUUAAUAGGAAGUUGUAAAAACUGAAACAAAGUAUAUUUGUAAUUAGUAUUCCUUGCCUGAUGUGUGCAUAAUAAAAGUGAGGAAAAAGG